GAGCUGAGUCAAGAUGAUUCGACUCGGAGAUGCCAUUAUGCUGCGCCGUUAAUCAUAUUUAAAAAUUUUAAAAUACAUAAUAUACAAAACCAUCUCUUACACAAUUAUGUAUCUAUCUAUAUAAAGAGAGAAAAGAGAGAAAAAGUUCAGAAAUUAUGUGAGUUCUAUAGAGAGAGACUUCUAGAGAGAGAAACAAGAACAAGAUAGGAAGAUUCAGAGCAUGAUGCAUUAGAAUUGUGCUUUCAGAAGCCUAAUACUGCAAAAUUGUUGAAUCCACAAACAAUAUUUCACCAUUUUCUGCAACUUUUUGUGAUCGAUUCGUGUUUCCGGUGAUAAAUAUCUGCAAGUCGGUGAUUGUGAUGGUGAUGGAAGGUAACGAGAGUUGUAGUAGUAGAAGCAUGUCGCCGUCGCCGUCUCCGUCGCGUACGGCGGCGAAUAACAGCAGCGGUCACCGGCAUCAGAUGAAGAAGCUUGAGGUUUAUAAUGAGGUGCUUAACCGACUCAAAGAGUCUGAUAAUGAAGAGGCUAAUGAACCUGGAUUUGACGAUGAACUUCUCGCUCAUUUCAAUCGUUUACCGACUAGGUAUGCACUUGAUGUAAAUGUGGAAAGGGCUGAAGAUGUACUCAUGCACAAACGGUUACUGCAUCUAGCUCAUGAUCCUGCUAAUAGGCCUGCAUUUGAGGUCCGGCUAGUACAGGUUUCUGCAACAACUGAUGGCAGCUCUGAUGAUGUAGUUUAUUCAAGCUCUCCUACACAGCAACCAGCCAACAGCAUUCAUCAUCCACCACCUGCGUUUGGGUCAUCUCCUAAUCUUGAAGCCCUUGCACUUGAAGCAAAUGAGUCUCAAGUUCAGAAUGGGGAUAGUGCUGUAAAUAGCUAUUCAACACUGCCCAGGCCCAUGCAUGAGAUUACGUUUUCAACAGACGACAAACCAAAGCUUCUAAGUCAGUUGACAGCAUUGCUGGCUGAAGUUGGACUGAACAUCCAAGAAGCACAUGCUUUUUCCACGGUGGAUCGCUACUCAUUAGACGUCUUUGUUGUUGAUGGUUGGCCAUAUGAGGAAACUGAGCAGCUCCGAACUGCCCUCGAAAAAAAACUUUUUAAGCUUGAGUUUCGUUGGCCAUUGAAAUCUGUGCAGAAACAGUCUUGGCCAAGUCAAAGUUCAUCAUCCCCUUUAAGUGAGCUGGACCAACCAAGUGGGCCAAGCCAAAAUCGCCUAACAAUACCUAAUGAUGGGACAGAUGUAUGGGAAAUUGAUUCCCGGUUUCUGAUACUUGACCACAAAGUUGCAUCUGGGUCGUAUGGUGAUCUAUACAAAGGUACAUACCGUAGUCAAGAAGUGGCUAUCAAGAUACUUAAAACUGAGCGCGUAAACACAGAUUUGCAGAAAGAAUUUGCCCAGGAAGUUUACAUCUUGAGGAAGGUCCGGCAUAAGAAUGUAGUCCAGUUUAUAGGAGCAUGUACCAAGCCUCCAAGCUUGUGCAUUGUAACAGAGUUCAUGAGUGGGGGAAGUGUGUAUGACUAUUUACACAAACAGAAGGGUACAUUUAAGCUUCCAACAUUACUAAAGAUCUCAAUCGAUAUAUCAAAGGGUAUGAAUUACCUGCACCAGAAUAACAUAAUCCACAGGGACUUGAAGGCUGCUAAUCUUUUGAUGGAUGAACAUGAGGUUGUUAAGGUAGCUGAUUUUGGUGUUGCGAGAGUAAAGGCUCAGACUGGUGUCAUGACAGCUGAAACGGGGACAUAUCGAUGGAUGGCUCCAGAGGUUAUUGAACACAAACCCUAUGAUCAUAAGGCUGAUGUUUUCAGUUUUGGGGUUGUAUUAUGGGAGUUACUAACUGGGAAGCUUCCAUAUGAGUACUUAACCCCCCUCCAGGCAGCUGUUGGCGUCGUUCAAAAGGGGUUACGACCUACUAUUCCGAAGAACACUCCACCAAAACUUGCUGAACUGCUUGAGAAAUGCUGGCAACAAGACCCGAGUUUGAGACCUGACUUUACAGAAAUCAUCGAGAUUCUCAAGGAGAUUGCUAAAGAGGUUGGAGAAGAAGUAGAUGAUCGACGAAAGGACAAAGGCUUCCUAUCCGUGCUAAGACGGGGGCAUCAAUGAAACUUUAGAACUAAACAGCAGUCAUUUAAAAUAUAUAACAUUCUUGUUUCUAACAACCAGAUUCAUUGUGUCUUGUACAUUAUGCAUUUAAACUUAUGUCUUAUAUUGAGUGGGCUCAUACAGUCGAGGGGGCUUUCCUUUGGGAAAUAGCUUUAUACAACUAUACUCGAAGACUUUUGAGUUGAUGUUUUUUUUUCAUCGCUUAUUUAACCUAGUAUUUAUAGAAUAAUACUAAAUUCAUAUUAA